AAGGAAGAUUGAAGGCUUUGACCAUUCAGUUGUCAAUACCACCUUAGGAGCAUGUGGUGAUUUACCAUCUUCAAAAGAGGGUCCUUGCCUGCCUUUCUUUAUCUGGCAGUGUGGAGAGAUUGGGGUAAUUAAUUUAUGUAGAAAAAACAAAAUUUUGUUUGAAAGAAAAAGAAAUAUAAAAUGUAAUUCUAGAAUGGUGAAUAAUUCAUACCAAUUUAACCAUGUUGGAUGUGUUUAGAAACUCAGUGAAGUAUUUACAGUCAUGGAGUUUGAUUUCACAAAACAGAUAAGUCCAUGCCAUGGAAAAGCCCAGGUUGAAUUUAUGGAGAGUGGGAUAUGCCAUGGAUUUGCCCUAUGGAUUGAUUGGGUGAUUGAUGCAGAGAACAAAAUUGUGGUGUCUACUGGACCGGAUAAAAGAUAUUGGAAACAAGGAGUGAAGCUUCUGGCCUCGCCUGUAGCAGUUGGAAUUGGGGGAGCUGAAAGGACGGGUAUAUGUUGUUCUACAUUAGUUGAAGCUUCAUUCGAUCCAUCCAGUGGGGAGCUCAACAUCCAACACACUUUCUCUUAAUA